AACCGGCAGAAGGGUCCACACGUCAUCAGAGAAAACACUCGAGGCCUCGCCCACAGCAUUUUAAUGAAGACGUCAACUUCUAGUCCGAUGAGUGACGGGCAUCAGUGUUGACCUCAGCCUUCACAGCUGGAAAUCUGCGGACUUCCUUUGAGGACGAGAUGGACGUUCUUCCAAGCUUCUCCCAUGAGGAGUCGAAGGUGAAGACAGACUUUGACAAAAACCGUGUUCUUGUCUUUGGAUCACAGGGUGUUUGCCAACAGAAGUCUGACCCUUGAAAACAUCAAGUGCUAUGGCUUCGACAUGGACUACACGCUGGCAAUGUACAAGUCUCCUGAUUAUGAGAGCAUGGGCUUCGAGCUGAUAAGAGACAGAAUGGUGUCUGUUGGUUACCCUCACGAGCUUUUACGCUACACAUACGACCCCAGCUUCCCCACAAGAGGUUUAGUGGUUGACACCAAAUAUGGAAACCUCCUGAAGGUGGAUUCCAACGGCAACGUCUUAGUCUGCAGUCAUGGCUUCCGUUUCCUCAAAGGGGAAGAUAUUCACAACUACUACCCCAACAAGUUCAUCCAAAGAGAUGAUACUGAGCGCUUUUACAUUCUCAACACUCUCUUCAACCUUUCAGAGACUUAUGUCUACGCCUGCCUGGUGGAUUUCUUCAUCAGAUGCAGCAGAUACACAAACCUCUUGAAAGGUUUCCAACACGGUGACUUGUUCAUGUCCUUCAGGAGCAUGUUCCAGGAUGUUCGCGAUGCGAUGGACUUUAUUCAUGAUACAGGAAACCUGAAAGAGCAAACCAUCAAGAAUUUGGACAAAUAUAUUGUCAAAGAUCCAAAUAUCCCUGUGUUGUUGACAAGACUUAAAAAAAUGGCAAAGGUUUUCCUGGCCACCAACAGUGAUUACAACUACACCGAGGCCAUAAUGACAUACCUUCUUGAAAAUAAUGUUAAGUUUGGAAGCCCAAGGCAGCCCUGGCAGUCUUACUUUGACCUUAUCGUCGUGGACACCAAGAAGCCACAGUUCUUUGCAGAUGGGACUGUGUUGAGACAAGUGGACACGAACACAGGAAAACUGCGCAUUGGGACAUACACCGGUGACCUGCAGCAUGGAACAGUUUACUCUGGAGGAUCCUCGGACGUUGUCUCUGAUCUGUUGGAUGUCAAAGGUAAGGAGAUCCUGUACAUUGGAGACCACAUCUUCGGUGACAUCCUCAAAUCUAAGAAGCGUCAGGGCUGGAAGACCUUUUUGGUCGUACCGGAGCUCACCAAGGAGCUGCAAGUGUGGGAGGAAAAGAAAAAUCUGUUUGAAGAGCUGAAACGACUCGACGUCUUCCUCGCUAAACUUUACAGGCACCUGGACAGUGGCAGUGAAGAGUCUCCUGACAUCAGUGCCAUUCAGACAAGAAUGAGGGUACUGACCCACAGAAUGGACAUGUCCUAUGGCCAGAUGGGCAGCCUCCUGCGCAGUGGCGCCACUCAGACCCUUUUUGCCAGCCAGCUGAUUCGCUACGCAGAUCUGUACUCUUCAACUUGCAUCAACCUGCUGAACUACCCCAUCAAUUACCUCUUCAUGGCUCCUCCAGUCCUGAUGCCCCACGAGGCGGCUUCUCAAAACUCUGCCGAAGUUGCUUCAACAGAGCAGAACUUUGCCACGAUUAAAUAAGACUGAGGAUUGCCUUUGAUGAAAUAACAUUUACUAUACUUUUGGAGUAAAUUACCUUUUUCCCUCUCUUGAUUUGCUGAAGAUUAACAAUAGAGAAGACACAGAAGGAGGUUUGAUGAUCUUCUUCAUGUCAUGGACAGUUAUGCACAAAUGAAAGAUUUCUUCCUGUCAUGACGUGCAUCUUUAACAAUACUGAUGACUCUAUAUGCUGGAUUGUUACGCUAUUCAAGGUUUAUCACAUAAAACAUGGUGACAUGCCUUUGGGUUUAAACAAAAACAGGCUCAGGGUUAAUGUAAAUAGAGUGUGAUAAAGAAUAGUUGUGCAAAUGUAUUAUCUAAUCUAAUGUUUGUGUAAUGGUUGUUAAGAAGAAAUAUCAUCUACUGUGUGGCUUCUGUUAAAUUAUUACAAUAAAAACAGACCCAUUCCAGUUGUUUCCACUAAAA